AUGAACACUGACCAAUAUGACGUAUCCACAUCCGCCGAACUCAAAGGCCUCGAACCACUUGCACCUAUCCAUUCGCAUGAUGCGCUCGACUUGGAGUCCCACGCCGGGCACGAUUCACAGGACCACAAACAGGACAUCGACUCAUCGACAUCAGAACGCUCGCCCUCCUUCUCUGCGCCGUGGUCGCCCGUCUCCCCCACCGUCACGCUCGACCGCUCGCCUUCCGACCAAGCGAUGCUCCGGCCCGGCGAACAGAUUCAAUUCCCGCCAUCUCGACGGUCAUCCUCUCGAUUCGACACGAUCCAUUGGAAAUACGCCAAAUUCGCCUUUCUUUGCACCAUUGUGCUCUUCAUCACUUGGGUCCCCAUCUCCAUCAACAGAGUGUACAACAACUUCAUCGCGCCCGACGACCAGAUCUACGGCCUCUACUUGACCUCGGCGGCCUGCAUGCCGUUGCACGGCUUCGGCAAUUUCGUCAUCUACACCACGACCAGCUGGACCGAAUGUAAAGAGUUUUUGACCUAUGCAAACGCACGCGCACGACCGAAGGACGACGAAUUAUAUUAA